GACCGGAAAUGAGCCCGCUACUCAGAAAAGAGUUGUUGGAAGUGACGCAGUUUGAGUAGCGAAUCGGCAGCGGAUACUACCCAAAACAAACAUGGCGGACGAGCACACCGACGCGGAACACACGAUGGAGCAUCCCACUGUGUCCGAAAACCCCCACGCGGAGUUUGGCCUGACGGAUAGCAUCCAGAGGACGCUGGAGCAGGAGAAGACGAGCAAGCAGAAGGUGGACCUGCAGGCGCUGCCCACGCGAGCCUACCUGGACCAGACUGUGGUGCCCAUCCUACUGCAAGGCCUGGCCGUGCUGGCCAAGGAGAGGCCGCUGAACCCCAUCGAGUACCUGGCAGCCUUCCUCCUCAAGAACAAGUCGCAGUUUGAUGAGCGCAAUUGAAGCUUUGCCAAUAAAAGGUCACCCGAGUUCAAGUG